GAUAGACACGGGGUAGAGGGUAAUUCCCUGGCUCAUAAUGUUUCGUUGGUGGAUUCUCACCAUGUAGCGGCACACGACCUCGCUAGGACAUAUUUAUAAAUCAAAAUACCAUUUCAUACCUUCAUACAGAAAAGAGUAUUUUGGAUCAAAGCUACUUCCAGGGUACAGCUUUUACGCCUUCCAACAGAAAUAAUGUCGUAAUGAUUUAUCCAGAUUUUAUUUACCGUGGGAUUUCCGUAGUGGCUCGAAGGAAUGUUGGUCUUGAAACAACUACGCCAUCGGGUAUAAUAACCAUACAGCCGGCAUUAGAUGCCAAGGUACAGCUUGACUUGACAGUGGUCUACACGGUGCUUUAUUCCUUGUUGUUUAUCUUCGUGUACGUUCAGUUAUGGAUGAUUUUCUGGUACAGACAUAAGCGACUGAGCUACCAAACAGUAUUUCUGUUUCUCUGUUUGAUUUGGUCAGGAAUAAGAACUACACUGUUUUCAUUUUACUACAAAAACUACGUCCUUGCGAACACUUUGUCACCAGUACCGUAUUGGAUUUUAUUUUGUUUUCCUGUAUGUAUCCAGUUCAUUACUCUUUGCCUGUUGGUCCUUUUCUUUGCUCAGGUUUGCUUCAAGUGUAGAGCACGCUAUGAACCAAACAGAUACAAGAAGCCAUUGUGGGCUGCAGUCAUUGUGGCAGUGAUAGUCUUCAUUACUACAAAUGUUGUUGCAGCAGUUUUAACAAAAAAUGAUGAACUUGAUCAAAACAUUGACUAUACAGAUAUCAUCCUUGCUCGUGUGAUCAUAAAUGAAGCUUUAUUCCUCAUUUUUGCCAUUGCCUUGGCUGUGUGUAUAUACAAAAUCUCCAGGAUGUCAUCAGCUAACCUGGUCCUUGAAGCUAAGGGUACCAGCAAGUGGCAAGCAAUGGCAGCCUGUGUGGUGAUUGUUGUGUUGUUUACUUCUAGAGUUGUGUAUAAUGUCAUUGCAAUAUGUAAUAUAGAAAAGAUGCCUGGGUUUGGCUAUGACUGGGUCAAUGUUUCAGAUGAGGCAGAUCAAGUGAACCUUUCCAAGGGAUAUGCAUACUUGUCUUUUGGUAUUGUUCUCUUUGUGUGGGAGAUUUUACCAACAUUUGUAGUGGUAAUGUUUUUCCGUGUUAAGCGACCCCAAACUACACCCCUGUUGACUGAUGCAUCAGUGGAAGGUCUCAGCCCCCGUGCCUACUUCUUUGAUAACCCAAGAAGGUAUGACAGUGAGGAGGAUUUGUCAAAGAGCACAGGUGGAAAUCAGGCAGACCUCCAUGCCCCCAUCAAUGGCUCCCCAGCCAGACUUGGUGUCAGUUAUUCCAGUCUUGGGGGUUCACUGGCUGGAAGAACAGGGAGUUAUUCUCAGCAGAUGCCAGGGACCACUCCCCCUGUUAUGUAUGCUCCAACCCCCAUCACUCCUCAGCAACACACGCAACGUUUAGGUGACGAAACAUAACCUUUCACUUUGACUGCUUUGGAUUUACGAGAGAAAUUGCUUGGGAUUUGCCACGUGUACUUUUUAUGUUACUUUUAACAGGCAUGGAAACGCCUUUAAGUGAUGGUUUAGCUUGUAAAUUUUAGAAGUGUAUAAUUUUGCCAUUUCAGGAGAAAAUUGGCUUGUGAUAGUGUCAGAUGUUUUUAUUUUCUUCAAAUCAUGCCCCAAAUGUUGGUUUUAUAGCUUCAUC